GAGGCCUCUGAGAGCGAAGUCAUUCGAAUGCCAUACCUACGUCGCGGAAUAUCAUGGACUAAUGACAACAGAUGACCCUAGAGAUAUAAAAACUGGACAAUGAACGAUGGACUUCCUUGAACCUUCAAUGGCUCUCUCUCGCUUCUUCUACGAGCCUUUCUUCUCCCUCUCCGGCUUCGACCAUCUCUUCGAUGAGGCGUUCUCCGCUCGUGAAGCUGGUAGGGGCAGCAACACCCAGGUCCAGCAUCGCAGAGGCGAUACACUGAGAUCUAGUCUGGACUUGCAUGUCGACGAUAAGUCGAAUACCGUAACCGCGACGUUCGAGUUGCCUGGUCUCAAGAAGGAGGAUGUCAAUCUUGAAGUAACCAAUGGCGUGCUCACCGUCUCCGGCGAAUCCGAGCAGGAGGCGUCGCGCGAUGAGAAUGGAUACGCUGUGAAGGAGAGGCGCUAUGGCAAAUUCACAAAGGCACUUCAGCUUCCACAGGGGGUCAAGGACACUGAUAUCAAGGCGUCCUUGGAGAACGGUGUAUUGUAUGUCUCGUUCCCGAAUACAUCAGCGGAGCAGGCACCAAAGAAGAUCACAGUCUCGUGAAGUGUCCGCAUCUUUACAAAUGCUUGGAUACCUUCCGUUGUACUUCCAUAGCCGUCAACGACAUUAUGAAUUAUCUUCCCACAACUUCAGUUAUGCAUGGUCACAUUCCAACUUCUUCAUGACAUGCAUAUACUGCAGAAAGCCCUGCGAGACUAAUGGAGCCGAAUGAUGAUUGAAGCUUGAAGACAAAAGAUUUGAGGAAGCCUUGCCAAAGUCACGCAGUCACAACGGUGUCACAAUGAGUAUAUUUUGGCGGCUUUGGCUCAAGCUCUUGCGACGACGGAACUCGAUGACACGAUCAACAAUUGAAUGAAUGGGCAAGUAUCGUACUUCACUGUGUACUUACUUAUCCAACCAAAUCAGAGGUGGGUGCUCAGUUGACAACUACUUGACAUUUAGGCUUCCUUUCCUAUUGUACCUUAUAGGAUAUUUUAUGCAUGGUUUUGAUUCGAAGUAUGCAUCAUUUAUGGUGAUCUGAGAAGGAGGGCUAGUUUGUUCUUUGGCGAAUUCAGCAAAAGUGGACGUCACUGGCAGGACCUCUCGUACGUCAAUGAUUUAGUUGACAACGGAGUGUAUUCCGUCUGUCUCUUGCGAAGUCAGCGUUGUUGGCCGCCUUUGCCUUGCGAGAGCCGUUGACGUCCUCAAUGGGGCCGAACUGUGCAACUAAUAUCCAUACAUUUAGCUGUAGUGUCACGGUAAAGAGGCCAGGUUUGGUGACGCUUGCUCUGGUUAAACACAUUGACGAGCUUAGCCUUACCGUUUUACUGUGUACAGGGUAUAAUCAUUAGGGGUACUUGGACAGCCCCACCCUCC